ACCCCCCCAGCCUGAAUCUCACACCUCCCCCCAACAACCUCCUCAGAACAGACUCCCCUGGGGUCCUCCAGGUGCUGGUGGACAGGAGUGUGGGGCUGGGCCUGUCCUGACUCCCACUCAGGCCAGCCUGUGGUCCCCACCCUUCCUCUGUAACUCUGCAUGUGAGGGGUGUCCCACCACCCCAGGGGCAGUGCCCCCCUGCUGGCCUCCCCAUCCUGACCUGGCACAAAGAGACUGCUGAGCCCACCCCAGGCCCCAGCCAGGUUAGCUUGGGGGGGCCCAGGCCAGGUGCUGAGGCCAGAGGAGAGGGGUGCAGGGGUGUGCCUGUGUGCGGCUGUCUUGGGGUGGCCCUGCCUAAGAGAGAGAGAGAGAGAGAGAGAGAGAGAGAGUGUGUGUGUGUGUGUGUGUGUGUGUGUGUGUGUGUGCUUGAGCUCUUGAGGGGCCUCGGUUCCCAGGGCCCAGGGAUCUGGAUGGAAUUAGGGGCUGGCCCGGGCGGGCGGGGGCCAGGCUGGGGGGCUGCGGCAGGGAACGUGAGCUGCUCUCAUUAGCUCCUCACGUGUUCAGUGGACUUAUAAACACAGGGAAGAUGGGAUGUAAACAGUGAGUGGGCAGCAGCCAGAGGCAGCGCUGGGGCGGGGGCAGGCGGGCGGGGGACCAUUGCUGGGGGAGGGGGCCUGGGACCCAGCCCCCCAAGGCCAGUCCACCUGCACACAGACCAGACCAGGGCCCGGCUGCCUGCCCGCGCGGAGUCCUGGGAGCCGGCCGGGAGCUUGUGUGGCGAGGGCUCACCCUUACAGGCGACUCGUGGGGGAUGCUCACCUGCCUGUGCGCCGUGCUCUGGCACCUCCCCGCCGUGCCCGCCCUCAACCGCACCGGGGACCUGGGGCCCGGCCCCUCCAUCCAGAAAACCUACGACCUCACCCGUUACCUGGAGCACCAGCUCCGUAGCCUGGCGGGGACCUACCUGAACUACCUGGGCCCCCCAUUCAACGAACCUGACUUCAACCCACCUCGGCUGGGGGCGGAGACCUUGCCCAGGGCCACCGUCGACCUGGACGUGUGGCGGAGCCUGGAUGACAGGCUGCGGCUGGCACAGAACUACGAGGCCUACAGCCACCUGCUGUGCUACGUGCGGGGCCUCGACCGCCAGGCGGCCACCGCCGAGCUGCGCCGCGGCCUGGGCCACUUCUGCACCAGCCUGCAGGGCCUGCUGGGCAGCAUCGCGGGUGUCAUGGCGGCGCUGGGCUACCCGCUGCCCCAGCCGCUGCCCGGCACCGAGCCCACCUGGGCCCCGGGCCCUGCCCACAGCGACUUCCUCCAGAAGAUGGACGACUUCUGGCUGCUGAAGGAGCUGCAGACCUGGCUGUGGCGCUCGGCCAAGGACUUCAACCGGCUCAAGAAGAAGAUGCAGCCUUCGGCCGCGGCCAUCACCCUGCGCCUGAAGGCCCCGGGCUUCUGACUGACCAGGGACCGGGGACCCUGCCCUCCUCCCCUCAGCCACUCCCAGGGGCCAGGGCCUGCACAGGGCUGGGUGCAGUGAGGCCUGGCCCGCUUCCCAAAGCCCCAGAGGCCUGGGGACGAGGUGCAAUAGGGCCUCGGUGGGGUGGGGGUGACGCUGCUGGUGGCCCUCAGGCUCCCCCCUCCCGCCUGGAGCCCUCCUUGUCCCUCACUUUGGGGAAGCGGGGCCCACAGGGGCUGUCUACAGAGUGUGCCUUCCGGGGCGCAGCCCUCUGCUCUCCUUGGGUGGGUGCUGCUCCCCUCCCCCCAGAGCGUCCAGUUCCGGAACCCAGCCUUGAUGGGAGUGCAGACAGGAAGGGAUGAGAUUUCAAAGAGGUGGGGUCUGGCCUCAGAAGCAGGGGGGUCGCAGGGAAAGCAGAGGGGCAGGGGCCCCCCAGGCAGCCUCCUCUCCACCCCCACCUCCCCAGGGGUUCUGUGGGCUGCCCGGCCUGGGGAGGGCACCCGGCCUGGGGUUUCCUGAAAGUUUACACUGCAGUGGUAUUGCAGGCUGGGGGCUCGCCCCCCCCCCCCCCCCAGGCCCUGCUCGCAGCCCCACCCACUCAUGACUCUUAAGUUUGUUGUAUUAAUAUUUAUUUAUUUGGAGAUGUUAUUUAUUAGAUGAUAUUUAUUGCAGAAUUUCUAUUCUUUUUUUAAUUUUCCCUUUUAUUGCCCUUGUUUUUUUUAUUGUUGUAGUUAUUAUUGUUGUUGUUAUUGAUGUCGUCGUUGUUGGAUAGGACAGAGAGAAGUGGAGAGAGGAGGGGAAGACAGGGGGCGAGAAAGAGACACCUGCAGACCUGCCUCACCACCUGUGAAGCGACUCCCCUGCAGGUGGGGAGCCAGGGGCUCGAACCGGGAUCCUCGAACCGGGAUCCUCGUGCCGGUCCUUGCGUUUCGAGCCACCUGUGCUUAACCCGCUGCGCUACCGCCCGACUCCCAGAAUUUCUAUUCUUGUAUUAACAAAUAAAAUGCUUGCCCCACAAUGCCCUCUCUGUUGACCUUGCCCGCUGGGGCUAGGGGGAUCCUGUCCCUUCUCUGGUGCGCGCGCGCGCACACACACACACACACACACAC